AUGAGCUACCAAUUUGAUGGCAUACCGAGAUCCUUCCCACCCGAUUCAGCAGGCGCCCUUCUCCACGCCAAACACGUCUGUUCCUUCGCCCUCAACUGGAACGCCCUCAACGACACGGACGCCCGUACUCCACCCUUCGCACGCCUAGGUCGACUUGGGCAUCUUGCCGCUGUGCCAGGACCGUCUAAUUAUUUCUUCCAGAACGACUUGUGGUUGUGUCCUGCGCAUCCGAGCGUCGUGAGGAGGGAGCUGGGGCUGCCAGCGCCCAGUGUCAAGUUCAAGGUCUCUGUUGAGAUAGUAAAUGCUUCACGCACUUCGAACGAAGCGCCUCCUCCGUGCGAGGGUCCGGACGAUCUCGAUCCGGUGCUCACCAGAGGGACGGCCUAUUCCGAAGAGAAAUGCAUGCCGAGAAUAAACCUGGCGACGAUGGUGGGCACUCCUGGAGAUGAGUUCGAUAAGGAGUACAUAUCUUCGUACGCCGAUCUACCGUCUUGGCCGCCCACUCCGGAGCGUACCGUAACGGAACUCCCGGAGGAGGUCGAGGUGAAGAAUGGCGAGCAUAUGUUGGCUGAGGCCGGAGGGGCGUCAGAGGAGGGCACACACAUAGAUCAAGACUGUGCACGUCAUUCAAUUGCUGGCGGCGAGACGCUCGAGGCUCUCUCCCAACCUGCGCCGGUCAAAAAGCCGCGGGGAGGUAAGCGGAAACGAAGUGCGACCGGCAAACCGAAGAGGAGAGAGCGUUAG